AUGCAUAGUUUUAAUUUUCCUCCACUUUUGCGAAAUUAUUGUUUCGGCACUAGAAUGUCAGUUUUCUCAAAUAGAUUGAAAAAAGUGUUAAAAUACAAAUUGGUCGUAGGAACAUCUUGUGCAUUAUGUGGAUAUGUUGGGUUUUUACUGCUCACUGAUAAUGAGUAUAUACCCGAAUACUAUCCUCGUCAUUUGACUGUUAGUCCUGUGGAUGGUAAAGUACUUCAUUGUGGUCCAAUUGAUUCAAAAAAUGCUGUUUUAGAGCAAAUUAAAGGGAUUUACUAUUCGUUAGAUGAAUUUCUCGGUCCAAUGGGUAACAUAGAAAGUCUAACUGGGAAAACAUCUGAUCGUUCUCUUUACCAGUGUGUUAUUUAUUUGGCUCCAGGAGAUUACCAUCGAUUUCAUAGUCCUGUUGAAUGGAUUCCUACUGUCAGACGGCAUUUUCCAGGUAGAUUACUUUCAGUACGUCCAAAUAUCGCUGGACGUUUACCAGGUCUUUAUACUAUCAACGAACGUGUAGUUUAUUUGGGAGAAUGGAAUUAUGGAUUAAUGUCAUUCGCAGCAGUUGGUGCAUUCGGUGUUGGUAACAUACACGUAAAUAUCGACCCAACACUAAUUACAAACAAGAAAGAGGAUAAUGCAUUGCGUUUUCGUUCUUCAAACACGCCAACAAUAAUAAAUGA